GAAUUCUGAAAAUAUUAACGCUUUUUGGUCCUCCUGGAAUAUCCCUGUCCACAGAUGGUGCCUCAGUCAUAAUAUAUCGGUUCUUCUGUCUUCCCAGUGAUCUUCAAACCAACUGUAGAUUUUGGUCAAAAAUUACUGGAUUAUUGGAUAAACGCCUUGCACGUAUAUGUUCCUUUACGGAAUUACAAUUUAUCUCGCCAAAUGGCCAGCAUCGUGGUAUUCUUGUUGAGCGCCUUUUUUCACGAGUUGCUUGUCUCAGUGCCUCUAAAAAUGCCUCGAAUUUGGGCCUUUUCGGGCAUGUUCCUCCAGAUCCCUUUGUCUCGUUUGAUCAAAUGGCUUUGGCCCAGUGGUGGCCAAAUGGGCAAUAUUGCGCUUUGGACCAGCCUCAUAAUUGGACAGCCCCUUGCCAUCAUGAUAGUACAUAUGAGAUAUGGCUGCAUCGGAUAAUUAAAUCUAAUACACAGUCAGCACGAGACCCGGGGAGCUCGUCUCUUGUACACAUCACAAGUGUUUCCUCAACACACCUGUGA